AUGGAAAAGAAAAGAUCACUGACUCAAAAUGAAAUGGAGUAUUACGCAAAUCUCAGUGAUUCAGAAUUUGACGAGAUGUUUGAUGAGGAUGAUAACGAUAGUAGUGAUUAUGAACCUUCUGAUAAUUCAAGUGAUAGUGAAGAUAUGGUCGUCUCCGAAUGUGAAGUUGAUCCUGAACCUGAAGAUAAUAACGAUGAUUCUCAAACAACAACAUCAAAUGCGAAUGAUGAUUUGUGGACAGAAAUUCAACAAAAUCCUGAAUUAUUUAUUUUCCAAAAAAAUAUUGGUGUGAAAUUGGAUACGGCAAAUUUUACGGUACAUACGCCGGUGGACUUAUUUUUUUCGGAUGAAUUUCUUGCAUUACUGGUGGAACAAACUAAUUUAUAUGCUGCGCAAGAAAUGGAAAAACGCAAAGUAAUAAAAAAAAAUAACAGGUUAUCACAGUGGAAAGACGUCAGUGCUGCAGAGAUGAAAGUUUUUAUUGGACUUUUGUUGCAAAUGGGACCUUGCACUUUUCCAUCAAUCGAACAUUACUGGAGCACAAACAAGCUAUAUAAUGUAAACUUUUGGCGCUCACAUAUGAGUCGAAAUCGAUUCCAGUUGAUACUGCGUUAUUUUCAUUUGGUUGAUAACUCAAUACCAUCUGCCGACAGAUUAUACAAGGUGAGACCGAUACUAAAUCAUUUCAAUCAUGUUAUGCGUGAAAGCUAUGUACCAGAUAGAAAUAUUUGUAUUGACGAAUCCAUGAUGCUAUGGCAAGGAAGAUUGCUUUUCCGCCAAUAUAUAAAAAAUAAAAAACACAAAUAUGGUAUCAAACUGUAUGAACUAUGUUCACCUAUAAUAUCUUCGCCCGUUCCGCAUACAAUUUUAAUACGAGAGAUAAUUAAGGCCCAAGAAGACUAUAUGGAGGAGAUCCAACUACCAGCGUAUGCUUAA